AUGAAUUUGGGGGAUAUAAAUUCAGAUUUUGAAAAAAAAAAAAUUAAUGACAAAAAUGAAGAAAAAUAUAAUAAUAUAAACGAUAAAAAUAUAACCGAAGAUAAUUUAAAAAGUGAUAAUGAAACUAACAAUAAUGAAAGUUAUGAUAAUACAAAGAAUAAAGAUAUAAAUGGUAAUGAUUCAAGUAAUAGUAAUUUAAAUAAUCAUAAUGGAUAUAAUAAAAAUAUUGGUAAUAAUGAAAAAUCUGAAAAUUUGCAGCAUCAAAAGGAAUUUAAAGAUAGUUUAAGUAAAAGAAAUUUAGACAACAAAGAUAGUGAAGUUAAGUAUGAACAAAAUUUGGAUAAUAAAAUUUCUAAUAAUCAAAAUAAAAGUGGUGAACAAGUUGAAAAAAUUUCUUCAGAAGUCGAAUGUUCUAUAUGUAUGAAACUUUUAAUUGUACCAGUUACAAUACCAUGUGGACAUAAUUUUUGCAGAGAUUGUUUAGAAAAAGUUAAGGAAUAUAAAAAUUCAUGUCCAUUGUGUAGAUCAAAUAUGGGAGAUAAGAAAAACAUAAACAUAUUAUUAGGAGAAUUAAUUAAGGAGAAAUAUCCUAUAACUUAUGCAAAAAGAUUAGAAGAAAUAGAAAAUUUAAAAAGAGAAAAAGAAAAUAAAAUUAUGAAACAAAGGAAUGAUGCUAUUAAAAAUGCUUCAAUAAUUCCUAUAUUUAAAAUUCCAUUAAUAUUUGGACCAUAUUUCCCUGGAGAGGUUUUUUCUUUAACCAUAUAUAAUUUAAAAUUUAUAAAUUUCAUUCAAUUCAUAUCUCCUGAAGGCGUUUUUGCAAUUACAUCAAGUAAGAAAAAUAACGAUAAUGAUAAAAUGUAUGGAAUUCAUGUAAAAAUUUUAGAACAAAAAAACACUAAUCAAGUUUUUUAUAUUAAAUGUCUAGCUAAUUUUCGUGUUGUUUUAUAUAAUUUAACUCAUUUCAUUGAGUAUGAUAAUUAUGUAGCUAAUCAUUAUCCUAUAUUUGACGAAGUUAUGCAUAUAAAUUUAAUUGAAUACAAUUUAUGGGAAUAUAACAAUAAUAAAAGUAAUAUGAUUAAUAUAGGAAUGGAUAUAAUACAUAAUUUAAAAAGAUUAUUAAUUCAAGUAGAAAAUGAAGAGGAUGUUAAUCUAAUUUCCGAUUAUUAUAGACAUUUUAAAAAUAUAACAAAUAAUAUGGAAAUCUCUGAUUCUACUAUUUCUAGUGUUAUUAGAUAUUUUUCUUGUGUAAUUUUAUCUAGAAUAUGCUUAUUAUGCAUAAAAAAACAACUAAAUCGUUUUGGAAAAUCAGGUAUUAGGUUAUUUAAUAAUAAAUUUAGAAAUUUAAAACUUGCCUCAUCAGAACCAUCCACUGAAGAACUAGAAAUUUUUUCUUAUUCUUUAAGUAGUGCAAUUAUAUCAAAAUCAUUACUUAAAUGGAAGUGGUUUAAAACAACAGAUACAAGUGAAAGAUUAGAAAGUAUAACUCAAUAUUUUUUAAAAAAAAAGAAUAAAAGUAUUUUAGCUCUUGAUAAUUCACGUUCACCUAUUAUUCAUAGAUUAUUUAUGUUAGAUUCUAUAACAUCAUCCUUAUCAAUUCUGAUCUUUAUUUUAACUAUAAUUUUUGUUAAAUAUUUUGUAUAUUAA